GGACAUCAUCAGUCGAUAGUAUUAACAUCACCGACAAUGUCUAAAAUCGCGUUGAUUGUUGUGUUGCUUUCAUUUGCAGCCUGCUUGGCUUCCAGCUUCGAAAUUUUCGAGAAAGAAAAUGGAGAAUUAUUUUACUUAGUUCCUCUAAACGAAGAACAUAACCGCGUUAGAAGACAAACUAAAGCUAAUGUUGAUAACAACGGAGUUUCAUUGUCUCACACAGGAAAGCUUUUUGAGAAUCAAAAUCAUAGACUGGAUGGUACCGCAUUCGGUCAGAAAGACUUCAAAAAUCAUGGACCUCUGACAGCCGGUGGCAAUUUAGAUUACAAUCAUAAACCGACUGGAAGUAACUUGAAUUUGGGUGCAUCGAAUACACGUGGUUUCGGAACGGAUGUCAGUGCGAAAGGUCAAUACAAUUUCUUAAAUUCGAAGCGCACCCAAGCCGGAGUCGGUGCAUAUUAUAACAGGCAUUUCGGAGGACCCGGUGGAUCUCGUAGACCCGACUACGGAGCUUUCGUUAGCGCAAGAUACAAUUUCUAAAUAUUAUUACUAUCGGAAAAGUAGCUUUAAACGUAAAAUAUUAAUUAUAAUGUUA